UCAGGAGGCCCAGGACUGCGCUCGCUGCUCUGCAGCAUUCCGUUGCCCGUUAAGAUUCAGAUCAGCGUCAGGGUCGCACCAGCUGCAGCGUUACGCAGUUUGAUAUAACAGCUGUUGUCGACUGGCUGUUCUUACACUACGCCCAAACUGAAGUGGCUGCACGGCAUAUUCUGUGCUGCCAGGAUGUCGCUGAAAGCUUGUAAAUCUGGCAUGCCAUGUCCCCUUCUGGCACCUGGUAAGCUCCGCAUCUACAGCAUGCGCUUCUGCCCAUUCUGUCAGAGGGCCCUCCUCGUGCUCCAUGCAAAGAAUAUUGACCAUGAAGUUGUUAAUAUAAACCUCAAGGACAAGCCCGAAUGGCAUUUCAAGUUGAAUCCAGCUGGCAAAGUCCCAAUACUCCAACAGGACGACAAGCUGGUCUGCGAAUCGUUGAUUGUGGCGGAGUAUUUGGACGAUGCAUAUGGAAAGGAGAAGCUUCUGCCAACGGAUCCCUACCUCAAAGCGAGGCAGAAGAUGUUUAUUGAAGUCGGCUCUGCGGCACUAAUGCCAGUGCUCAAGAUACAUUACAACAAGGACAACAGAGUCGAGCUGUGGAAAGAGUUUAAGGAGAAGGUGCGAGCUUACGAAGAGGAACUGUCUGCAAGAAAGACUCUCUACAUUUCUGGUGACAAGCCUGGUUUUGCAGACUACAUGGUAUGGCCCUUCUUUCCUCGAGUGCAAGCCUUUGCAACCAUCUUUCCCGAGUUGAAACCUCCCACUGUUGAAGAGUUCCCGCACCUUCACAAGUGGAUCGAAGCUAUGAAGAAAGACAAAGCAGUUAUGACGACUUUGAAUGGAGAUUACCUGCUGCAGCACACAAAGAGUGUGCUUGACAACAAUGUGGAUUACGAUGUAGGCCUGUAAUUAUGCAAGUGGACAGAUAUGGUUAUGCAGGUGUUAUUAAGCACCAUCUCGCCAUAAAAAAGUGUUAUCCAUAAAGUAAGUUUUGGAAUAACAGAGAUUUG